AUGUUAUUCUCAGAUAACCAUGAUACUCAACGGAAGAUUGUUCUCCAGAAUGUGCAUGUUUUCGACGGAUCGGAGUUCACAGGACCUCAAACUGUGGUCAUGCACAAGGGUAUCAUUAGCAGCAACCCAGAAAACGCCGACGAAAUCAUCGAUGGAAAAGGUCGCUUCUUGAUUACAGGUUUAAUCGACUGCCAUGUGCAUCUCCAUCAUGUUGGUCACCUGCAGCAACUGGCAGCCAAUGGAGUAACCACAGCCUUGGACAUGGCAAUGUGGCCCGCCGACAAGAUGAACAGUCUCAGAGAAACCCCCGGUCUUCCUGACAUUAGAAGUGCCGGGCUACCAGUCACAGCUGCAGGUAGUCUCCACAGCUGCAUGAUGCCUCUCCUGGAAGAAGCGUUGCUCGCAGGCUCCGAACAUGCCGAGGCAUUCGUCGAGAAAAGAAUAGCGGAAGGAUCGGAUUACAUCAAACUGAUAUCUGACAUCCCAGGCCCAGCCCAGGAGACUCUUAACGCAGUAACCGAAGCUGCACAUCAAAGAGACAAGAUGGUUGUAGCCCAUGCUUCAACCUAUACACCCUUCGAAAUGGCACUGAGGGCGAAAGUAGAUCUCAUCACCCAUGUCCCACGAGAUAAACCAAUCUCUAUAGCCACAGCAAAGGAAAUGAUUGAGAAUAAUAUCAUCUCGGUGCCGACUUUGACUAUGAUGCAGGCCGUUUCGGCAAACCCUCCUCUCAGCGCGGCACUUGGUAUGAUCUUCAAACCUUCCUUGUUUAUGGCUAUACUGCGAUCCAAGAGGAACAGCCAGGGAGCCCAGACGUACGAGAAUGCCCGAGACUCGGUUACAACCAUGUACCGUGCGGGUGUUCCUAUCCUUGCAGGCACCGAUUGCCAUGAAGAGCCGAAUUCAUUCUUCGAUGUCAAGCAUGGAGCAUCAUUACAUCGUGAAUUGGAGCUGCUUGUGGAAGCGGGAUUAUCACCUCGUGAAGUUUUGCGCGCUGCUACUAUUCUUCCUGCGCAGUUCUUUCGACUCUUGGAUCGGGGUGUGAUUGAGGAAGGGAAACGAGCCGAUCUGGUUCUUCUUCGGGAGGAUCCUACUAGGGAUAUUAGGGCGUCGCGGGGGAUCGAUCGGGUUUGGUGCGGUGGAAUUGAAUACGAGGUGGAUCAUGACAAGACAAUCAGCCACAGAGCUAGAGUCGAAUGA